AAUCGUCGAGGUCAUGUCAUUUAUAUAUAUAGAAUACUGAAAAUAAACACAACUGCUGUCAAUAAAAAUUUGUUAAUUAUUACUUUGAUAUUUGCGAUGGAAGGUGAAACUGUAAUAAUUAAUUCGCAGUCAUAUCUAUCAAUGAUAUGGGAAGCAAUAGCAUCAGUUGGUUGGUAUAUUGUGGGUGUAGUUGUACUUUCAAUUUGGAUGUAUCCUUACUUGGAAGAAAAAUAUAAAAGUUGGAAGCAAAAGAAGGAUGAUGAAGAAUAUUCUGCCAAAUAUCACAAAAAUCCAGAUGUAUUUGAAGAGCGAAUGAGAGCCGUAGAAGCUGCCCGAUUACGUUUGCAGCAAAAAUAUCUCGAGGAAGCAGAACGCGCUAAGGAGCAGGAAGAAGAGAGGAAAAAGUUGAAACAAGAACAAUUGAAGAAAUUAUUAAACGGUACUGAGGGUGGAAAUAAACUAGGAACCGGAGAGUCAUCAAAUUCAUCCUACCUCCGAGAUGAAUAUAACCCACUAAUGGGAGAAUCGAGCCAGGGAUAUCGCGCUCCAAAACGCAGCUGCUGCGGUAAAAAAUGUGGAUAA